GACAGCGUCGGUUCGUGGCUCGUUCGUGGAUCGUGUAUUUGGCCCAAGGUUAAUUAGCCAAGAUCAGAGGUCCGAGAUUGGAGCUUGGGAGCUGCUCGAUCCGAGCCCACAGAGAGAGAGAGCGAAGAUCACCAAAGAUAUCAAUCUAUGAGAUGUCGUUUUUCCGCAAUAUACGCUCCUCCCUGUCGUCAUCGUCACGGGCCAAGAGUUCGCGCUCCUCCUCCCGCGACACGACACCCGUACGCUCCGUAUCCCGGCCCGGCAGUGUGAUUAGCUCUCUUAGCCAUCGCAGGGAUUCCACCACUAGCUCCACUUUGCAACGUGGCGACACCUUUAUCCUGCCCAAUUCAGAGGAGGAGGAGACUGCAGGCGGACACGCUUCCAAUACCUCCACCCUUGAGAAAAAGUCCAAAAAGUCCAAGGUCUUUAGCAAGUUCAGUACAUUUACGAAGCGCAAAAAGACCCCCUCGCCGGAGGAAGUGGCCAGCUAUGAGCAUCAUCCCAGUGACACCGCCACCAACACGUACUACAAGUGGCGCAGUGAUGGAGCGGAUCGCCUGCAGGACUACGAUGCCCAGUCGGAUCCCUUCAACUUCCUGUAUGAACAGCAUUCCAGUCUGCGUAACCUUCAAUCCGGAGAUAAUGGUAGCGUCCAUAGACAGGCCAGCAUUGGUUCCAACUCGAGUGGCAGCUUUGAUUCCUCCACAUAUCGGAAGAGCAAGACGCCCACGCUUUUGCGAGAGCAACUGGAACAGCUGAAAACCCACUCGAAUGACGAUCUACUUGAGGAUCAGCAGCGGGAGGAGGAUGAGCGGGAAAAGUACAAGACAGUGACUUUAAAUAGCUUCCGGAAAUCCUUCCGCGAUCGCCUGCUGCAGCAGCAGAAGGAGACACCGCACAAUCCCGCCUGGUUCGUGGAGGUACCCGCCGCCCAGCAGCCCACGACUAAGACCUCGGAACGCCGUGAAUCCAAGGAGAAUCGACCAGAUUUCCUGGUCUUUGACAAUGAGAACUACCGGCCCCAGUCCCGCUCCCCGCUCCGGGAUCGUCCAUCGCGCUCUGCCACCCGCUCCCCAGUGAAACGGAAUGAAACCUUCCGGGUGGCCCAGCCCUCUAUGCGUCAUAUAUCCCCGUCUCCGACUCCGGAUCUAGUGCCGCCUGCUCCCUCCAUUCGCAUAGAGAUCAAGAACUCUAUAUCACCGCACUCCCCUGGCAGAUUUGUGCCGGUGGGAGUGGCCAAGCCCAUGCCCACCACGGAGUACUAUGCCCAAAGACUGCUGGCAGCCAAUCAUCACCAGCAGCAACAGCAGAAACCCGGACUGGGAGUAAGGAGCUCCAGUCCCAGUCAGAGUUCUAGGUGGUACCGCCAGCAGCCUUCACCCAAUAGAUUGAGUCAUCAGAUGCAGAAUCCCCCACAGCAGAAGGGUGGCCGCACCCUGGUGCACAUAGGAACCGAUCAGAGCAAGACCAUGAUGCCUCCUCCAGCCCGAGGAAGGGCACCCACGCGAGUCCAGCUGUACGGAAAUAAGCCACAGAGUCGUCCUCCGCCGACGACCUACUUCGGUGGUCACUACAAUGCACCUGCCAAGUCCGCUGUUGCACCCAGGGGAUCGUCCAUUGGAGGCCACACUGUAUAUUUGGGGCGUCGUGAUCCGGCGAUGACACGUGCCACCAAUAGCACCAGCAACAGCAGUGCCGCCCACGUUGCCGCCCCCAUGCCGCGUCGCAACCGAUCGCCGAUCAAGAUGCCCUGGCGGUAGGCGUCAACCAGGCCAAUCUAUAGAAUGGAGAAUGGAGAAUCAAGAAUGAGUGGCUCGGACAUAUAAAGAUAUAUAAUAUAUUUAUUAUAUGUGAUGGCUUCUUUCCAAAGUGACAAAGUCACCGCCUGAUAUUGCGUCAUGAUCGGAGAGCUGGAGCUGCGCUGGGAAACGCAGCUUGGCAAACGAAUCCAUAAUGUGCAAAUAAAUGAUUUAUGUAUCCAUCAGUCCCCGUAUCGUGUGUUGUGAAU